CCUGCCUCUCGUUUGCUCGUUACACGCCUGCCUCACCCAAACCCAAUCGUCUCCCCCCGCCGCCUGAGGGCAAGAAGCCAAGAAGCGCAUCGCGGAUCUCCCGGCCCGCCGCGUGCAUCGUGAAGACGACGAGCCCCUCGUGAAUGGUGGGAGCCCGCGCGACGUCCGCCGCCUCGCAGCCGCAGCCGGAGAAGGCCUCCUUCCGCGGCUUCGGUUGCUGCAUGCAGGGCUGGUACCAUCGCUGCAUCGGCCUUGACCCGUGAACCGCUCCCCCGCCGACGAGGAUUCUUUGAUUCCCUGUUAUUCUUCGAUCAUAUUUGUUUCUCGAGCCCAUUUGAACUCGAGAUUUGUUUCUCCCCUCCGAAGAAGGAGUCAAAUUUGAUUGAUGGUGGCUGUCGCGGUGCCGUCGACGCUGCCGAUGGAGCUGAGGAAAGUGGAACCCCACGGCAAGGCCGCGGCAGCGGGCGCCGUGACCGGCAGUCGCGCGCGCGUGCUCGUGACGGUGACCGUGCUCGGCAGCGCCGGCCCGCUGCGGUUCCUGGUCGACGAGGGAGAGACGGUCACCGGGCUCAUCCGCGCCGCGCUCCGCUGCUACGCGCGCGAGGGGCGCAUGCCACUACUCGGCGCCGCCCCCGCCGACUUCCUCCUCUACACCGCCAAUGGCAGAUCCGACGCGCUGAUGGCUGACGAGAGGAUCAGCUUCAACGGUUGCCGGAGCUUCCUGCUCUGGCAGAAGGCCGCGCGCCAGGCCGUCGCCAACGACGCCGGGUCGGAGCCUCUGUCGGCAACUUCGAGCCCCGGCAGGAAGGUCAGCGGCGGCUGGAAGGGUGGCCUAAACAAGUUCCUCCUAACCUUCAGCUUCAAGGUGUGAUCCAUAGACGAGAGCUUCUUGGGGUCAGGCACCGAACCACCGAAUAAACAGCAUCGAUCGGUCUAUUUCCUCGAUUGGAUUGUCGAGUCGUGUGUGAAUUGGAAAAUUGUAAUUCGUCCUACAUUUGGGUCCAGUCAGGUUGCUUGGAUAUAUAGUUACUCGUCCCAAAUAAUCAUGUUUCAUUCAUUCGUUGCCGUAAUCGUUGGCCAAACUUUGAUGAAUGCAAAAUUUUGAUCGCGUUUUCGUGUUA